AUGUCCUUCAGAAAGAGGAAUGAGCGAAUAAAUAUCUCUUCAGCCGUUAAAAGAAACCCAAUCAGCACAUCGAGUAUUUCUUUGGGGAGGGAGCCGCCCCAUAUUUCUUCUAGAAGGACAGUAGAUGAUCAUAAUGUUAGAUCUUCAGUCAAUCAGAAAACCCAAGAGUCCGAUAAUCCAGGUGUCAAGCCUUCAAUAAUAACUUCGGGCCCUACAAUAUCCACAGGAGUAUCAGACCUAGACAAAAUAUUACUUCACCAGGGGUUGCCAGUUGGAUGUUCACUUCUAGUUGAAGAGACUGGAACGUCGGAUUAUAGUUCAAUAAUACUAAAAUCUUUCGCAUCCCAAGGUGUUAUGCAUAACAGGAUCCAAGGUAAUGAAAGAAACUGCCACGUCAUAGUGGUUGGUGCUAGCUCAAACUGGCUGAAAGAGUUGUUUGGUAUUUAUAAAGGUUCUACAAAAGAACAAAAGAAAGCGAAGAUACAAGAAAAUGAAAAUAAAGUAAGUGUUUCUAAUUUAGCAGUUGAUAGCAACAGGAGGGAUGAAAACAAUAUGAAGAUUGCUUGGAGAUAUGGAUUGAACAGAAAAGUCCAAUUAGAGGACCCUGAAAUUGAAAAAAAGUAUGAAUUUUAUAAUCAUCAAUUUGAUAUUACACAGAAGCUUUUACCAGGACCUAGCACUCAUGAUAUCAGCUCAGUACCAGUUAACACUAAUUUUAAGAAAAUUAUUGAGUCGAUUGAAGGGAUCAUUAAAAUGAAUCUCAGAUCUAAUCCUUCAAAAAUCAUUCGCUUGGUAGUUCCCAGUUUUCUUCAUCCAUUAAUAUAUCCACCCGGCUGCAGUCAGGCUACUUUCGUGAUUCCAUUUAUGCAUUCUUUGAGACAACUAUUGAGGAAGUACUCGAAAAAUCUAGUAUUCGUUUCUUCCAUUGCUCUCAGUUUCUAUCCAAGAGACUCAAUCAUUACGGCAUCUUUGGAAAAUUUGAUGGAUUCCGUCAUAUGCCUACAGCCAUUCAAUCAGGAAAUGGCUGAGCUAAUUAAUAGAGCUUAUAGGAAUGAGCCUUCAAAGGCUCAGCAGGGUUUAGUUAACAUUUUCAAAAUACCCAUUUUAUCCGAAAAAGGGUUGAUGUUGAUUCAAGAAGGUGAAUAUGCUUUCAAAAAUGGUCGAAAGAAAUUUGAAAUAGAAGAAUGGGGUAUUCCUGUUGAUGAUGUUGACGACGUAAAAAGAGAGGAUUUAGAGAAUCAUUCGCAAACUACCAAAAAUAUAGAUUUCUAA